ACGGGCUGUUCAGAGAGCAUGGAGCUUCAUUCACUCUGCUAAACACACUCAUAUAUCCCCUGGAAAGCUGUUCUCAGGCUUGGAGAAAAAAAAGAGGAGCAGCAGGGAGGACGGUACACUCACUGAGAUACUGUAUCUGCGAAGACCUGGUUUCCCUGUAAGGAUUAAAAUCAGUGAUGAUGUUAGAACUUCAGCUGGACAUUGAGUGAAUGCUCCAGGUGGUGGCGGUCAGGAAAAAAAAGAUACUAAGAAAGGCCAAAGGGGGAUCGACUCUGUCAUCAAAUCUUGGAAAAUAAGGAGGUUUCAAAUCCGGUGAAUCAUUCCUUGUGAGAAGACCUCAGUCUGAGGGGGAGAUUGCUACCCAGGGCUACCGGGACCCACCUCACAAUGUCCCGGAGGAGGUCUACAGGUGAUCUGGUACCCAGGGACAUCACUGAGAUCUUAGCCAGGGAAGCCAGGGCUCAGCGUGGACAGAGAAAGUCUGGAAGCUCCCUGGGUCAGGCCUUCAGCUGGUUGAGGAAAAGUCGCAGGAAGAAGAACCUCGGCAAUGGGCUGAACCGCGUUCCCACUGGCGGGACGGAUAAUAAUCUGGCACUUCACAACCAGGAGGCUGCUAAGGCUGGCCCAAAGGGGAAUGAAAGCCAGAAGAGGCUGACGGUUCACUACACGGCCUCCCAGCACUACCAGGAGAAUGUUUUCAUUGAAGGGAGCAGAUCUCAGUACCUGGAAGACUUACACACCGAAGCUCAGGAGGGGCUCAAGAUACAGCAGCAGGAAGAGCACAAGAACGGAAUAAACUAUGCUGACAAUGAAAGCAUUGCUUUCACAGAUACCAUCUGCCCUGAGCAGGACACCAGCUGCAAGGAUAGAGGUGACUCUAUGGAGACAAGUCCCAACUCCAAUAAUGAUACCACUGCAACUUCCGCUGUGUUGGACAGACCUGGGCUUACUCACCAAGGCUCUACAUUCAAGCCACUGAAUCCAAUGAAAAGACACGAAAGGGGCAGGAAGAGGAACAGGAGGACCACCAUUAUGGGCAUUCCCAACCAGGUUCAGAAAGAGCUUGCUCUAAACAGAAGUUCCACCUUUCAGCCCCUUCCGACUCAGCUCCCCAGUCAUGAAACCCCUGAUGGCAACAUCCAGCCAAGUGUUGUUAUCAUUCCAACAAUGGAUGGAGGGACUCCGUUUGGAAAAAAAGAGGGAGCAAGGGUCCAUCUAUCAGAACUAGAGCAGGUCUUCAGGGAUGAACAGGCGUCUACAAAGCAACUGUAUGCAGUGUACCAGAAUGAGGAGAUGCAUAUCUGCCCAACAUCCACAAUGAGACCCAAGUCUCUUGCGGUUCCUACAAUGACAACAUCCUUUUCACUCUCUCCCUCGACAUUUAACUUUCUCCAGGAGCCUCAGGGUCCAGUGAUGUCUAUUUCGCCUCAGGCCACUUACUUGUCUACAAUCAUCCCUAAUGCUGUUUUACCUGCUUCGGUUGAAGUAAUUGAGAUUGACCGCAGCAACAGCCGGACUCGUGGCAGCAGUGUCAAUCACGGAACCAGCGUUUGUGCUGUCAGCAAAAGCAGCUUGACAUCUGAGGAAUCAGCAGUUAGUCCGACUUUGUCCAGAAGAAUGAACGGUGAUGGUUCCCAGACAAAUAGUUCCAACUACGACUCAGCAUUAAUGUCCCGCUCAGCCUCAGGUUCAAACUGGAGUGAAUCCCAGUCCUCUAAGACAAUUAUUUCAGAUUCCACAGUUCCAUCUUCUGACAGAGCAGGGUGUAUUUUGAAACAAAAGCAGAUAGAGGAGUCUUGUAAUGGCCAGGACCUAACUAGCCUUUGUAACUCAGGUAAUGCAAACAGCAGCCUGAACAAGGUAGAAGCAAACACACCAGAAAUAGAGUCUGGGCAUGGGGCAACACAGUCAUUGGCUGCCGGGGAUCAAACAAAGAGCAAACGCAAUUGCAUUCAUAGUCUUUCAGUCACAAAGACCAAACAGCCUCCAGCACCUCCACGAAGAACAAACUCUCUGCAUGGUAAAAAGAUAAAAAGUGAGUUCAAGGUCCUGGCGGAGUUUGAACAUCUUAGUAAUUUAAGUUCAGUAGAAGGGAAAGGUUCCUCUGAAAAAACAGAAACAGGUGACGAAAUUAAGUCGGUUCCUAUAAAUCCCCAUUUGAGCCAAAAACCACUGACAAACUCUGAUGGGGAAAGCUUGACAAUCUCUUCCUCCAUGCCUUUAGCCCCUUCAGAGGACUCCUCUUCCCAGCCUGAAGAAGCACCAGCAUUGCAAAAAGAAUCCGAUCCUUCCUCCCCACAGAAAACAACUUCAGAUGGCGGAAAGUUUGAACGGACAAUUUCUCCUUCCAGUGGCUAUUCUAGUCAGAGUGGCACUCCAACACUUUCCCCAAAAGAAAUAUCCCCAAACUCUUCAGAUGAACAGAAAAAGAAACCCAUCAAACCAGAGAGGUCUGCAUCUCGGGCCUCUUCCUCCACAGCUUCUCCAUCGUCCUCACUAACUUCCUUAUCUUCAGGUACAUCUGAGCCUACAAAUGCAGAUGUUACCACAUGCAGCUCAACUCUGCCUCCCCAGGAUUCCUCUCCAACAAAAGAAGUUCCUCCAAGUAGCAAGUCCGAAUCUUUAAGAGCAGAAGUACAAGAACUGUUUAACAUCCCUCCUCCUCCUAAAGUCAAAGCCCCUCCCCCACCCCCUCCGGAGACAUGGGCCCACAGCCGACGCACUGUCGAUCUCCUGUGUCAAUCAUCUCAUAAUCUAAGCAAAACUCCCUUUAAACCAGUACAGAUUAAAGACUGCAGAGAAAAUCAAGUAGAACCCCAAAGAGAACCCGGUGCAGAUGCUGCAGUUACAGCUGACAACCAGUCCACCCAGAAAAAUCCUAUCAUAGAAAUAUCAGGACAUGUAGAAAACCUUGGCAUAAAAGAUCCUGAAGAUGGAGGCAGUGAACUAAAUGCUGGAGAAUGCUCAGACAAAAAAAAGGAACAGAAAAAUGAGAAGGAUGAUACGGUAGCUAAGACCAGAGAAUCAAGUAGUAUCUGUGUUUUAAAGAAGCCAGACAGUCAAGAGACGACGCCAAAGAAAGAGCCCCCUCCAGUUAUGAAAAAGCCAAUAAGAAUAUUGUUAAGAGAUGAAACAGAGCAACCAUUAGAGCCACAAGAAAGGAAGCUGAGUUGCAGCACUGCAAUAGACAUUUGUUUGUCUGUUGAGGAUUAUAUGACAAAAUCCCAAAAUGCUGAGAUGGUUCCAGGUGAUAAGAGCGAAUUAAAAACAAGUGAUGUUCCAUCUAUGCAGAGACUUACAGUAGAUGUCUCCAAACUGAGUAAGCUCUCACCGCCACAUACACCUCCUCCAGCUUACCAACCGACGCCACCUCCAUUGAGGAAGGAACAUGACAUGUCAAAUGCUGUAGACUCCUGUUGGCCACCUCCACCUCCUCCUUUAGAAGGGGAAGUUGUCUUUGAUGGGGGAGAUGAGUUAGAUUUCCCCCCACCUCCCCCAUUAAUAAGAGAUGAUGUAAGAGAUCUGAUAGAGCAAACACCAACCAUUUCAUUUUUACCUUUAGUUGACAACAAACCUGUGGAUGAUGAACAAGUUGUAAAAGCUGACCCUUCUACUGAGUCUUCUUCCCAGGAUACUCCAGGUGCUAAAGACACAGUUUCUCUCUCAUCUGUGGAAUUGCUUCCUGUACCACCAGUUACUAGAGCAGAGAGCCCAGUGUCAGUGCAGACAGCGGUUCCCUCCAGCAGUUCUAUGAAGCGAAACUCUCUAAAACUUGAGGACCAGCCUCCCUCCUCAAUUCCAGACAGUCCACAGCUUUCAACACCAACAUCUGUGCCAAAAGCACCUCCUCUACAGAUGGAAAAUGUAACCCCCGGGGUUAAUUUCAGGAGGCAGCCUAGUGGAGCAUGCAGAGACUCCAGAAGCAAGGAGCUCCUGUCUCGCCACAAAAGUGCACCAAUACCUAAAGAGGAUGCAAACAUACCACUGGUAACUCCCUCGCUCCUGCAGAUGGUUCGUCUCAGGACGGUCAGUGCAACUGAGGAUCAACCUCAACCUGAAGAAGCCACACAUGAGGGGACUGAAGUUCUGGAGAAUAAUGUCCCAAGCCAAGGAUCUCAAAACAUUCCUCCAAAGCCUAUUCGCAAGUCUUUAUCAGUGAAAUCUCCCCCUCAGAUAGUAAAAGUAUCUUCGGUGACAAUGAGUUCUCCUUCGGUGCGCCUUCAGGAGGCCAUUCGUAUGAAAACUGCAGCCAUGUCUUCCAGAGACUGUCUCCCACACAGACUGGGCGUGAAAUCCCCCAGUUCUGGCUGCAUCGGCGAACCAGGAGUGCAGUCUUUAAAAACACUUGAAGGGUGUGAUAUGCUUAAAUCCCCUGCAUCUACAGCUAGCUUUAUCUUCUCUAGGAGUACAAAAAGGGUAAUAAUCGAGCCUGUAACCCCCUCCUCCUCAGAGGCUCAAGAAAGUCUGAAGCAAAGCUUGGCAGCUGAGCUCAAGCAGGUCUCUGAACAAUCAAAGGCUGGUGCUCUCUCCAACGGCAGAGUUAGGAGUGACAGAACUCCUCCACCAAUAGCAAAGAAACCAUCUCCUGGUAGUACGAGUCCGAUGUUGAUUUCCCAGAGCUGUUUAGCAAAGACGGAGGUCAGGGUUGAGGAAGACACAGCUCCUGGAGCAGCACAACAUGUAGCACCACCUAAAACAACUACCAGAGUGACGGCGGACACGAUAGAAACACUGUUUUGAUCGAGCGAUAGUCGCAGGAGGAACGGAACAAGACUGCAAGCAAAGGAAAGGAUGAAUCACAACAGGGGAUUUGUAACAUUACUGAUGGAUAUUAAUCUCAGCUUGUAGUUGUGUGUUUUUCUUUUUCCAAACGCCUUAGCCUGUAAUGGCCUUUCUAUAUUUAUGCAAAAAAAAUACAUAUAUAUCACGCGAAAACUCUCAAAUUCAUAACAAAGCUUUAUUCUAAAGUAUUUUUCUAAAUAAUCUAAAAUGAGGACCCUUCAGGGUGGAGUGAUGCACAUUAUAUGAAGCGUCUCAGUUUGUUUUGUGUAGGUCGCCUCCCGGAGGCUGAACAAAGUAGUGCAUCCUCAGCGGAAAUGUUACAGAGAGGGGUUUAUUGUAUAUUUUUAACCCCAUGCUGUAGUAAAACAUAAUGCGUAGUAAUAAAUCUCAUUGGGAUUGACAGAUUAUCCAAGCAAUGCCAGGGUGAGACAUUAUCUCCUGGAUUAUACCUCCAGGUGUGUACAGAAAUGACCCAAAUUAGUUUGAGUCCUGCUUUUCACUGUGUGUAAAAGUAUUAAAGAAAAAGGGAUGAUGAUUAAUCCUAAAGGAUUUUUUGUCAGUUAGGCGAGAAUGACUUUUGUAAAGCUACAGAUGAUAAUUUGUCAAAGUGCUGCAAAAUACCUUUAGAAUCAGAAUCUGCUACAAGUAUCUGCAGGUGAGGGUAAACAUCAUGGGGUAAAAAUCACAAUAACAGACAAAGACAACCCGAAUAAAUACAAAAUGGAAAUUUUUAAUUAAGUUCUGUUAUUAUUAUUAUUAUUAUUAUUAUUAUUAUUAUUAUUAAUAUUAUUAUUAUUAUUAUUAUUAUUAUUAUUAUUGGCCUGUGUAAAAAAUGCCUACAGCCAUCUGCAUCAAUCCCUUCUCAUUGAUUAAAUCCUUCAAUGAGAUUCCACGUUUAAUUUCAGGUGAAAUUAAGUAUUUCUGAAUUAAGCUUGAAUUACAGUCACACUAAGUCAUAUUUAAAUCUAGAUAUUUUCUCAUUUUGCUCUAUUGUCUUACAUUUGAAUACUUGCAAGAAUUCAUAGUUCUAUAUGAUGGCAAGACAUUUACGUCAAACAGUUUAUCUUUUGUCCCCAUAAAAGCACUUUUUGUCAAGUUUUUUUUUUUAUUUUUGAUUAUUAAACACUAAUCUUAACUGAGUCAAGAGAGAUUUGAACCUUAAAUGUAGCCGUGGGUUCUUCUGGAUUGUCCAGGAUGAGUUGCUGUUUGAUGUUUUCUCCAUUGGAGCUUAAUGAUGUGGAUGUGGUUUUCUGAAGCUUUAAAGAUUUCCUUUUAUUUGCAACCGUUUGCAGACUGAUAGAUGUCUCAUGUGUUCUCUAGUACUUUUAUAUCGGCAGUGAUGUCUUGAUAUUAGAGAUCUUUUAGCCUACUUCCUGUUGUCAGACAGGUUCCAUUUUAGUGAAGGAGUAAAGAGGCUUAGAGAAAUUGAACCAGUUAGAUAAAUCAUAUAAUACAAACUUGAUCCAAUUGGAAAAUAUUGUCAUUGAUAUUUUUUAUAUAGGCCCAGGUUGGUUUGAGUAGCUUUUAUCUUAAUAAAUUAAAUCCUUUUGAAUUAUUUACUCAGGUUGUCUUUACUGAUAUAAAACAUUUUUUUAUAAGUAUAAAUAAGUGUGACAAAAAUAAAAAGCGAAAGCAGGAUAGUUCUGUGAGGGAGCAGAUACUGUUCUACAGCAAUGUUUAAAGCAGUUCAACAAUUAGUGUGGGUUUAAUCCACUAGUAGCACUGUAGGUCACCUUUCCCUAUCAAAUAUUAAAUAUUUAAGA